AUGUUUCUGCGAGCCGCAUCCCGCGGCCUGCGGGUGCCAGUCCUAGCACCAGGCAUGCUCCGAUCUGCGAUUGCCCAGCCGAGACCAACGACGGGUUCGAUUUCGGCACGGAUUCCAGCACGAUGCCAGUAUUCGACGCGGCCAGACAAGCCAAACAAGCCAGCAGGCCGGCCUGACUCCAGAAAAAAUAAGCCGGCCGCUGAAGCGCCCAAGGAAGACGUCCCGGGCCCGGUCGAAGAGGAGAUUCCACUGUCGUCUCUGCCCGACCUGACGCAGGGCAUCCCGUCGACGCUGGCACAGGAGACGGCCGGGGUGACCGACAAGGCGGCACUGGCAGUUCUGGAGCAGACGGCGUCUGCGGGAGGCCGCGGAAAGGGCGAGCUGCCGGCGUCGGCGUAUGUGUCGUCAUCGGAGCGGCGGCGUCAGAAGGUGGCCAACUACCUGUUUGCCGGUGCAUUUGGGCUGGCCAUGGCCGGCACGGCGUACCUGGGCCGCGACUGGGACGAGGAGGAGGGCAAGAGACACACAGAGGUGCCCAACGGCUGGGGCGUGGGCCUCUGGUGGAAGCGGGCAUCGGCGCGGAUGGGCGAGCUGCUGUCGUACUACCACGAGCCGGCAUUUGAGAAGCUGCUGCCGGACCCGGAUCCGAUCUAUGGGCGGCCGUACACGCUCUGCAUCAGCCUGGAGGAUAUGCUGGUGCACAGUGAGUGGACGCGCGAGCACGGCUGGCGCAUCGCCAAGCGGCCGGGCGCCGACUAUUUUCUGCACUACCUGAGCCAGUACUACGAGCUGGUCCUCUUCACGACCGUGCCAUUUGCCAUGGGCGAGCCGAUGCUGCGGAAGCUGGACCCAUACCGCUUCAUCGUCUUCCCGCUGUUCCGUGAGGCGACCAAGUACAAGGAUGGGCAGAUUGUCAAGGACCUCUCAUACCUCAACCGCGACCUUUCCAAGGUGAUCAUUCUCGACACGGACGCGGGCCACGUGGCAACACAGCCAGAAAAUGCGAUCGUGCUGCCCAAGUGGACGGGCGAUCCGAAGGACAAGCAGCUGGUGGGCCUGAUCCCGUUUCUAGAGUACAUCUUCACGAUGAAAUACGGCGACGUGCGCAAGGUGCUCAAGUCGUUUGAGGGCACGGACAUCCCGACGGAGUUUGCGCGGCGCGAGGCGAUCGCGCGGGCCGACUUCCAGAAGCAGCUGGAGAGCCACCGCAAGAAGCGGGUGCACAAGAGCGAGGGCGGGAUCGGCAGCCUCGGCUCGCUGCUGGGCCUGAAGACGAGCAACAUGAGCGUGAUGGUGCAGCCGGACGGCGAGCCAAACCUGGCCGAGCAGCUGGCACAGGGCAAGAUGCUGCAGGACAUUGCGCGCGAGCAGGGCCAGCGCACAUACGAGCUGAUGGAGAAGGAGAUUCGCGAGAACGGCGAAAAGUGGCUGAAGGAGGAGGCCGCCAUGCAGGAGAAGAUGCAGCAAGAGGCGAUGCAGAACAUGAAGCAGUCCUUCAGCGGCUGGUUCGUCCAGCCGUCGAGUCCGGCAGCGGCAGAGGCCCCAAAGAAGCCGUGA